GCUGAGGGACAAUCGGCCACCGCAGCGGACAGCGCAGAGUGAAGCCUCGCUUCCCUCCCACGGCGACCAGGGCCCCAGCCGAGAGCAGCAGGUGUAGCAACCCGCCCAGAAACCAGACACCAUGUGCGACGAAGACGAGACCACCGCCCUCGUGUGCGACAAUGGCUCCGGCCUGGUGAAAGCCGGCUUUGCUGGCGAUGAUGCCCCUAGGGCCGUGUUCCCCUCCAUCGUGGGCCGCCCCCGCCAUCAGGGCGUCAUGGUGGGUAUGGGUCAGAAAGACUCCUACGUGGGCGACGAGGCUCAGAGCAAGAGAGGUAUCCUGACCCUGAAGUACCCUAUUGAGCACGGCAUCAUCACCAACUGGGACGACAUGGAGAAGAUCUGGCACCACACCUUCUACAAUGAGCUCCGUGUGGCUCCCGAGGAGCACCCCACCCUGCUCACCGAGGCCCCCCUCAACCCCAAGGCCAACCGUGAGAAGAUGACUCAGAUCAUGUUUGAGACCUUCAACGUGCCUGCCAUGUACGUGGCCAUCCAGGCCGUGCUGUCCCUCUAUGCCUCCGGCCGUACCACCGGCAUCGUGCUCGACUCUGGCGACGGUGUCACCCACAACGUGCCCAUCUAUGAGGGCUACGCCCUGCCACACGCCAUCAUGCGUCUGGACCUGGCCGGCCGCGACCUCACCGACUACCUGAUGAAGAUCCUCACUGAGCGUGGCUACUCCUUCGUGACGACAGCUGAGCGCGAGAUCGUGCGCGACAUCAAGGAGAAGCUGUGCUACGUGGCCCUGGACUUCGAGAACGAGAUGGCAACAGCCGCCUCCUCCUCCUCCCUGGAAAAGAGCUACGAGCUGCCCGACGGGCAGGUCAUCACCAUCGGCAAUGAGCGCUUCCGCUGCCCGGAGACGCUCUUCCAGCCCUCCUUCAUCGGUAUGGAGUCGGCGGGCAUCCAUGAGACCACCUACAACAGCAUCAUGAAGUGCGACAUCGACAUCAGGAAGGACCUGUACGCCAACAACGUCAUGUCGGGGGGCACCACCAUGUACCCUGGUAUUGCAGACCGCAUGCAGAAGGAGAUCACGGCGCUGGCCCCCAGCACCAUGAAGAUCAAGAUCAUCGCCCCACCUGAGCGCAAGUACUCGGUGUGGAUCGGCGGCUCCAUCCUGGCCUCGCUGUCCACCUUCCAGCAGAUGUGGAUCACCAAGCAGGAGUACGACGAGGCGGGGCCCUCCAUCGUCCACCGCAAAUGCUUCUAGACGCCUCCACCUCCGCGCACUCUCCCCAGGACGACAGAUCGGCUCACCUCGAGCCCCUGCGCAGCAACUCUGCGACAACUUCCGUUGCUGCCACCACAAUCCGACACAGUGUUUAUACCGUGUACAUACAUUAACUUAUUUUACCUCAUUUUGUUAUUUUUCAAAACAAAGCCCUGUGGAAGGAAAUGGAAAACUUGAAGAAGCAUUAAAGUCAAUCAUUCUGUUAUGCUGCCUAAA